AUGGAGAACAACACCGUAGUGAAGGAAUUUCUUUUGUUGGAAUUGACUUAUGUUCAAGAGCUACAGCCUGUAAUCUUCAUGGUUUUCCUCAUUUUAUAUGUGAUAAACCUGCUUGGAAAUGAGGCCAUAUUGGUGGUUGUCAUCUCAGAGCCGAGACUGCACUCCCCCAUGUACUUUUUCUUGGGAAAUCUUUCUUGUCUGGAUAUUUGCUGUGCCUCAGUGACACUGCCCAAGCUAAUGUCCAACGUCCUCUCCAGGCAAAGCACCAUAUCCUUCCUAGGGUGCAUCACUCAGCUUCACUUUUUCCACUUUCUGGGUUGUACUGAAGCAUUUUUGCUAACCCUUAUGGGAUUUGAUAGAUUCAUAGCCAUCUGCAACCCACUUCGCUACCCUCUCAUCAUGAACCCCCAGAUGUGUGUUCUGAUGGCCGCUGUGGCCUGGGUCAGCAGCUUCUUCUAUGGUUUGAUGCAUUCUGUGAUGACUGCACACCUGAACUUCUGCCACUCUCAGAAAGUCAAUUACUACUUCUGUGAUGUCAAGCCUCUGUUGGAAUUGGCUUGUGGUGACACAAAGAUCAAUCGGUGGCUUGUUUCUGUUGUCACUUGCAGCUUAACCAUGGCGGCCUGCUUCCUCACUGUCCUUUCCUACUUCUAUAUUAUUGGCUUUCUUCUGUGGAAGAACCGGUCUUGUAAUGCUCUCCGGAAGGCAAUGUCCACUUGUGCCUCCCACUUUAUGGUAGUGUCUCUGUUUUAUGGCACUGUGGGGCUUAACUACAUUCCUCCUACUUCUGCUGAAUCGAUAAUACAGGAAAAGUUUGCAGGUAUCAUUCACACAACUGUCAUUCCAGUGCUGAAUCCCCUGAUCUAUACUCUUAGAAAUAAGGAAGUUAUGCUGGCUCUCAAAAGAGUCUUCCAGAGGAAGUUUUUGCUAAAGUUUUCACUUAGAAGAAAACCUUUUGCAACAUUCAAAUGA